GCAGAGGGAGAAGAAAAGGAGGAGGAGGAAGAUGGUGGAAUUAGAUGAGAUACCUCCAGGACUCAAGCCUCUCUCCCAGUGCUGCUCCACGUCUGCCUACUAAGCUCACCUCCCCCCACCACCACCACACACACAAGCAGGCAGCCUCUGUGCUGGACCCUACUGUGCAGGCACUGGGAUAUCCACUGAGGGUGACAAGUCUGGAGAGCUGUGGCCAGAGGGCUUUCGGAUUCCCUUGCCAGCCAUGAUGCUGAAUUCAGACAUGAAUCAAUUUAGGAUUGCCUUUCAGUGGCCGUAAUUCAGCUAUGCAGGAGAAGGAGGUCAUGCAGUUGAUUGCACCAGUCCAAAAAACGGUCUCCCAGGCUUCUGUCACUGACCAGAAUUUCAGACAAAUAAAUGGCUGUCUGCUCGGACUAUUUUAAAAAUUGCAGAACAAAGAUGUUUAUACUAUAAGACUUACUGCUGUGAACCAGCCAUGAACCAUUUAGAGGGAUCGCAAGAGGUAGAGGUGAGUGAUGAGCCUGGAAGUGCAGACAUUAAUGAGUCUGUGGAAGCUGACCUUGAGCACCCAGAAGUCGAAGAAGAACAACACCAGUUUGUUCCCCCUAACUUGCGGCAGGUAUCUGAAGAGCAGGAGGGACAAUCUGGACAAGAGGAAGAUGGCACUCUUGCCCGAUCUGCAAGCACAGAGAGUGGUUUUCACAACCACACAGAUACAGCUGAGGGGGAUGUGAUUGCAGUACAGGCAGAUGGAUAUGAUGUGGACCGAAUCCAGGAGAAUGAUGAUGAGAGUGCCUAUGCUAUUCAGUACAGGCCAGAGUCUGAAGAGUACACUGAGAAUGCAGAGGCAGAACAUGGGGAAGCUCUGCACAACCGAACUCUUCCUAAUCACUUACACUUCCAUGGUCUAGAUCAGGAGGAAGCUCUAAAUGCGGCCUACUCUGGAUAUGUCUACACCCAUAGGCUAUUUCAUAGGGGAGAGGAUGAGCAAUAUGCGGAACCUUAUGCAGAUUAUGGACUGCAAGAGCAUGUGUAUGAGGAAAUAGGCGACACUCCUGAACUAGAUAUUAGGGAGGGCCUCAGACUUUAUGAGCAGGAAAGAGAGGAAGCUGACAACUAUCGGAAGGAAGCACUUGGUGCACGCCUUCACCAUUAUGAUGAACGUUCUGAUGGGGAGUCUGACAGCCCUGAGAAAGAAGCAGAAUUCGCACCGUACCCAAGAAUGGACAGUUAUGAGCAAGAGGAAGAUAUUGAUCAGAUUGUGGCAGAGGUCAAACAAAGCAUGAGUUCUCAAAGUCUGGACAAAGUGGCAGAGGACAUGCCAGAAGCAGAACAAAAUCUGGACAUAGUAGAACCUUCCAAAUUGGGAGGUGGAAGCCAUGUGACUAAUGGAAAUCUGUCAUCUUGUUCCAAAACAUCUACAAGUACAGGAGAGGUACAGAGGUAUAGCAAGGAAAAGAGGGAUGCCAUCUCACUAGCCAUUAAGGACAUUAAGGAGGCAAUUGAAGAAGUAAAGACAAGGACAGUCCGUUCCCCAUAUACUCCUGAUGAGCCAAAGGAACCUAUCUGGGUGAUGAGGCAAGACAUUAGUCCAACAAAGGACUGUGAUGACCAAAGGCCACUAGGUGGAGAUAUCAACGCACUGAACGAUAUGGAGAAUUUUUGGAAUUAUCAAGCCGACUAUCGUGAUGAAGAUUCUCCAUCUCCAGAUUCUUCGUCACCCCAGGGGGCUGAAUCAACAAAUCGGCAAAAUCAUCAAAAUGCGUGUGAUGCAGCAGAAUCAUCUUCAAACAAGGAGUCAAGGAAGAGCUUGGCUUCAUUCCCAACCUACGUUGAAGUCCCCGGACCCUGUGAUCCAGAAGACCUAAUUGAUGGAAUUAUUUUUGCUGCCAAUUACCUCGGCUCUACACAACUACUUUCUGACAAGACCCCAUCUAAGAAUGUGCGUAUGAUGCAAGCACAGGAAGCUGUCAGUCGGAUUAAGAUGGCCCAGAAAUUAGCCAAAAGCAGAAAGAAGGCUGCAGAAGGGGAGGCACAACCCAUGACCGAAGUGGACCUCUUUAUUUCUACGCAAAGGAUAAAAGUAUUGAAUGCGGACACCCAGGAAACAAUGAUGGAUCAUCCUUUGCGGACCAUUUCUUACAUUGCAGAUAUUGGCAAUAUCGUAGUCCUCAUGGCACGUAGGCGCAUGCCACGCUCCAACUCACAAGACAGUGUGGAGGCCUCUCACCCUUCUCAAGAUGGAAAGCGGCAAUACAAGAUGAUCUGCCAUGUUUUUGAAUCUGAAGAUGCACAGCUAAUUGCUCAGUCCAUAGGCCAGGCUUUCAGUGUGGCUUACCAGGAGUUCCUGAGGGCAAAUGGUAUUAACCCAGAAGAUCUGAGCCAGAAGGAAUACAGCGACCUGCUCAACACUCAGGACAUGUAUAAUGAUGAUCUCAUCCACUUCUCUAAGUCAGAGAACUGCAAAGAUGUUUUUAUUGAAAAGCAAAAAGGGGAAAUCCUUGGAGUGGUGAUUGUGGAAUCUGGCUGGGGAUCCAUCUUGCCCACAGUUAUAAUCGCUAAUAUGAUGCAUGGAGGGCCAGCUGAGAAAUCAGGAAAGCUGAGUAUUGGAGAUCAGAUCAUGUCAAUCAAUGGCACCAGCUUGGUUGGCCUGCCACUGUCUACCUGUCAAAGCAUCAUCAAGGGAUUGAAAAACCAGUCCCGUGUGAAGUUGAACAUUGUGAGGUGCCCCCCAGUUACCACAGUCUUAAUCAGGAGGCCUGACCUACGAUAUCAGCUUGGCUUCAGUGUACAGAAUGGCAUUAUCUGCAGCCUUAUGCGAGGUGGCAUAGCAGAGCGAGGAGGAGUGAGAGUCGGACAUCGCAUCAUUGAGAUCAACGGACAAAGUGUUGUAGCAACUCCCCAUGAGAAGAUAGUUCAUAUUCUUUCCAAUGCAGUUGGUGAGAUACAUAUGAAGACGAUGCCAGCAGCAAUGUACCGACUGCUGACUGCACAAGAGCAACCAGUUUACAUCUGACGGCCUGACUUUCACUUCACGACAUGCAUGGAGGGCACUUCUUCUCACUUGUGGUUGUGUUCAUAUUGCUGCAUAUGUGUCUACAGAGACAUCUACAACUUGUUUCAUUCCCCGCCACCCAUUUUCCUGAUAUCUUCUCUCUCAUUCCUCAUAUAAUGGGCACCCAGAGAAACUGUUCUGUUCCCAAAGCUACUUUGAUGUUCAUGGCCUCACCAUGAACUUCUAUAUCUUAAAAUGAAGGAAAAAACCUUGAAGCCUAUUGCCGCGAGUGGGUUUGAUGCUCUUCUCUGUACACUCUGUGGUGUUGAUGAAGAAACCUUUACAUGAACAAAAACUACCCAGAGUAUUUACAAUGUAGAUUGAUUAAAGGAGAAGGAAAGGCAUUUUGGCAUUUUAUUGCCAAUAGAUUAGUCACAAUAGUGCAAGCUAGAACGCUAUAUUUAUUCUGCAGAAUGCUUUACCAUACCUGAGUAAACAGCCAUAGAAGCUCCCUCUGUUUGUUUAGGAUAACAACAGCCAUUUUAACUUGGUCAGACUUCACUUCCUGGCAGGGAACAGCUCUGAUUCCAGCAGAGAGGGGAGGGGGAGAGAGCAGUAGGGAGGGAGGAGAGAGGAGCAAACUGAGUGGGCUUGUGCCAUGCUCUGAAGUAUUUUGCAGAGAGCAGGAAGUCUGACUCAGAAGGAAAGAAAUGUGGUGUUUCUUUUCACAGAGGAUUUAGAACAGCAGCUCUGUGAGUGCUUAUGGCUACAAUUUACAUAGACUUUUCUGAUAAAACGUACUUGGUUUUUACCUUUCCUUCUCCUUUAAGGUUCUCUUUCCGUUAUUGUUAAUGUGUUUGUAUAUUUCUUGACCUGACAGUCCACCACUGAGAACCUCAACAAGUGCAAUUGGUUGCAAAUAUGCUGGCGUUCUUUUUGGUACCAGGUGCAGUGAAAUUUAACAUACAAGUUUGGCCAGUACUUAACUAUUACAUUCCAUGGAAGAUCCUUCAUGCAGGUGCCACAGGUGAGCAGAACUGAUCACUACCCUGAAAUCUAUGCAUGAAGCUCUAAGCUAUGACAUUCAUCUGCACAAAUUAAGAAGCAUCUCAUAUUAGGCAUACUGUUACCACAGUGAGUAGCCUCAGUGAGUGAUCUGGGCAUCUGUGCAAAGUUCUAGUAGCUGCUCCAGUUACUUAUUAUGACAGAAUAUUUGAAGUCCGUUACCAGUAGACAAGGAGGGCCACAUAAAUAGGAAACCAGACUAGCUGGAUCCUUAGCACUCCACACAAAAAAAGAUAUAUUACUAGAUGAAAGAGUUUACAUGUCUUAAUACAUUGUAGUUAGAGUUAUGACAAAUACUUAGCUGAUAGAUAAUACAAUAAAAAGUUACAAAAAUACAGGUGGUAGCUUAUAAGUUGCAACUUUGCUUACAUUGGAGGUCACCAUGCCAAAGUUUAGCUGACUUAGCAAGCAGGCAUGAGUUGGAGCUGCAUGUUUUUAAAGCAGACCGAUAAAAAGUGAGAUGCAGUUGUUUUUUUGUUUUUUUUCAACCAAAUAGGGACAACUUCUUUGUCAUUGCUUAUGCGUUGUCAUUGGAAGCCCCAUAAAAACUACUGCUGAUAAGAGGCGCACAGAGAAUGGGAAAGAGCACGUGCUGUUUAAUUUAACACUUCUGUCAGGGUGUAAAUGCUACAAACUGCAUUCCCAUAAAAGCAACUUGCAUUUCAGCUUUUGUUUUCCUUAUAAAGAGCUUAGUAAAGAGCAGUGUUUAGCUGAAUGCCAGAUCAGGAUAUGGUGCCCGGAGUCCAGGAAUUAAAGGAUAUGUAUAAUCCCUCAAAUUUGCAUAGGUAUAACUAUAUAAAAUGAUAACAAAUGGGGAAUCUGUUAUUCUGCCACUGCCUGAGUUUACAGACCCUACCUGUUUUAGGUUGUGCUGUUUUCUAUAAAUUAUGCUACAGAAGCUACUGAGUUAAUUGCAGUGAUUUUGUGGGGUUGACCAUUCCCUUGCUGACCUGUUUACUUAAUGCAUGGUUAAUCCUUGAAAAGUGUUGGAAGCACAUGUUUAGGAUAAUGUAGUGUAACAAGCAAUGGAAAGAUCUGUUCUGGCACGGACUGUGUUCCCUGCUCAUUUAGGAAGCGGCUGUGGCGCACCUCUCUACAGCAGGAUAGCUUUUGAUUUAUAUCAGGAGUAAAAUGUGAUACAUUGUGAGGGGUCAUGGGAACUGGCGAGUGGCUGUAUGCUUCCUCUGAGUAUAGACAACAUAAUAUAUCUCCUGAUCCUCUGGGAAUAAUGUGUCUGUAUCAUAAUGCCAUAUAUUCUGUACUAGUGCUAAGAGCCAUGUUUUCCAAGGUAUAUUAAAUGGUCCACGGCAUAUCCACUGACCCCAUAGAUUUAUUGGCCCAAGAGGAACAGCCCAGCAUUUUAUAUACUGCAAAAGAAAUGUGGGAAAAGGUGCUAACGUAAGGAGCUGGCUAGAGGUGCUCCAUCUUCCUGUUCUCUUACCCUUAUAAUGUUGAAGAAGUGCAAAACAAAAGUUACUAUGUAGUAUUUGCUACAGUGAUUAUUUUAAUGCAGCUUUUAAUUUAAUUUAAAAUACUUGAUUCCCGGUGAUCCUUUCCUCAUUCUUGUUUACUACUGCCAUGGCUUAAAUGCAAUUGUGUGGUUUUCCAGUGUAGCCUAGAAACAGGGUUUGCUAUUUCAUCGAGAAUGUAGAUAAUAUAGGUGUUUCUCUGUGCGUCUGGGCUAUGCUGAGAAUUCUUUAGUGCACUUGUGUUAGGACUACAGGUGAUUUAUUUAUUCCUAUUUAGGUGGCGUAUGAUGGUUAGCCAGGGGAUAUGAAUCAAAUGGAAAUACCCCCCUGGCUAAAGGCGAAUAUCUGUAGCAUGUUUACUUGAUCUUUCAGGAGGUGCAAUAUUAUGGUCAAGGCACUUUCUUGAUGUUUACCAAAAUAAGAUGUACUAGGGGUUCUGACACUUUAAAUGUGAAAUAUAUGGACAUAUACAAAAUCCAAAAUUACUGUUGUGUCAUUUGAUGAGAUAAGGAUUUGACAACACUAAUAUAUUUAGUCUUUCUUAGACACGCUUGUGCUGUGCUUCAGGCACCCGUAUGCUACUCAGAUCCAUAUUUGUGUCUUACUAAAGAUAGACACUAGAUAAAUGACAAACAUGCAAUCGGACAAGGCACAUUUCUUUGUACCAAGCCAGUGACAUUGACAAAAAUCAGUGGUUUCCUUACUAUGAGAAUAUAGAACAAAUCCACUUUACACACUUCAUACGACAAUAAAUGGACUUAUCAUUUUACCUCUGAGAAUUCACUCUUAUAGCUGUGAGCAUGGUUUAUAACUGUACUAUAAAUACAUAUAGAAUAAAAGAUAUUUGAAAAAUGCCCAUUUGUUAACUGAAAAACUAGGGCUUCACAAACAAGACUUUAAUAAUGGAUACUACUGUUGCCAAUGCUGGCGAUUGCUUGGUUGUUUUACACUUAAAUAAUAAUGGUGACCCAUGUGCAGAGGGAUAGUACAGAACACCCCAGGCUGAUAAACUGUAGUUGGAAUUAUAGGCGUGGGUGGCAAAAUUGGCCAUAGUAUGGAGUAUUUCCUAUUUCUUGUCUUCAUUUGUUGUCCCAAGCAAUGUCAAUCUCAGGCUUCACUUUAAAGGUCUGUAAUUUAGAUAAUGCACAGUUUACCUAAGGAAUGUUGAUCUCAUUAAUACGCUGAAUGCCUGAGUAUUUAAAAAACACUUACAAGACUUUCAUGUGUUUGUAGUUUAUUACAUACGUUUAAUAAAGAGCAACAUUCCAUUUUUUUCAUCCGUUGUUUCUGUGUUUUUAAACUACUGUUGAUGCACAAUUCUAAUAUUGACCUCCAAGAGCUACAUUCUCAGUAGGACUAGCAUGGAUCAAAUAUUUGAGCCCGCCUGAUAUUCAAUUAUAUGGGCCACAAACUUCCUCACCUUUCUCCGUCCUUGGACUGGCUAAGGAUGUUAGGAGUUUGACAUCCCUGCUUUAAUAUUUAAAUACUGCCUCUAGAAUGAAUUCCUGUUUGAUAAAUGCACAAAGCCAUUACAAAUAGCUUAAAACAUGAUCUGGAUUCAAAUAUAUAACAGUAUAAAUAUGUUUUAGCAAAAAAAAGGCCUUUGCUCAAUGUUCACAUACACUGAAGCCUGAUCUGAAGCAGAAGUGUGGGCCCAGGUCCGGACUGGCAAUCUGUGGGUUCUGGCAAAUGCCAGAGGGGCUGCUGUAAGAAACCAGAGACAGUCACUAUUUAUUGGGCUGGUGGGGGCUGUUUGGGCCUCUGUGUACUUGGAAUGCCAGGGCCUAUUUUGAAGCCCCAGUCCAGACUGGGACUCACCGUUUAUGUUAAACACAUUCCAGAAUGGACUUGUUUACACAUUUCUGUCCAAAUAUAUGCACAACUGUCACCUUCACUGUAAGCGAUCCUUGUUACAUUGUCAGGUUUCAGUUUAGAAUGGAAUUUAUUUUUUCAAAUUAUUUUUUUUUUUUGCUAAUUUUUUUUUUUACAUCUGUUGGGUUUAAAAUAAUUCUGAAUACUUUGAAUUCUUUGUGUUUUUUAAGUCUUAUUUUUAUUUCUUGAACAAAAUCACAGCAUCUAUAAAACUUUGUGUACAUACCUAGCAGAGUCCUUAGAUUAUGCAGUUGUAUUAUUGUUCUGUAAAGAGGGUUGAAUAGAAAAUAUUGUAAAUUGCUGGAUAAGUAUAGUAAUGUAUUUGUAACAAUAUUGUUCUUUGUAAACAGUAAACCUGAAAACGAAUACAAUGAAAUCAGUGUGAGCCUGGAAUGUUAAUACUGCACAUCUAUUGAAUGUAAUUCCUAUGACAGUCUUGUCACAGGUUCCUAGCCCCCUGUUUUCUGUGGUGCAGCUGCCAUGGUUUGAUUGAGUUGCCAGCUUUUUUGUUGUGAUGUAUCUACUCUACUAUGUAUCUUUUAUUUAACUGAGCGCUUGCUGAUCUCUGUAACAUUUGCAACAAAAACAACUAUAGUAAUAAUAAUGAUAAUAAAAAUGUUGAAUUGAA